CUGUAUUCUUCAGUACUCCACAAUAGUUUUAAUCUGCUGUCCAAUUCCAACUGAACAUAGUGGAAAACAAACAGUUCUCAUGCCCAACUGUUAAAACAUGGAUCAAGACUACACUAACAGCGUAACUCUAAAGAGCACUAAGCUCCUUUUUGUCCCAGUCACGCGUUACCGGGUGCUCGUGUAUCAAACUGUCCUAAGCUACGCUUGUCAUCUCUACCACACAGCCACGGGGAGGCAGCGCGGGGCCGGCCGGGCUGAGGGGAGGCGCCGCUCCCGCCCCGCUCCGCGCCCGCUCCCGCCGCUCCCCGCCGCAGGCCGGGGCGCGCAAGGUCGCGGCCGGGCCCGGAACUGGGCACCUGCGGACCUCCGGGGCGCGUUGCCGGCGUUACCGCGCUCCGCCAUGCUGGCCGGCUGCCGGCGAGCGCUGCCCGCGGCGCUGGGCCUUGCGCUGCGGGGCCGGGCGGCCGAGGGGCCGGGGCGGCGGGCAGUCAGCACCAGCUGGUGCCCCGUGGGUGCCGCCUUCGAUGUGAAGCAGCAGCGCGGCAGCGCGGCGGGCAGGGAAACGGGUCUGUUUGGCGUUCCAGAACUGAGUUGUCCAGAAGGAUUUCAAGAAGCUCAGGACAAAGCAUUGCAAGAAUCGGAACAGCUAGUUCAGAAGGCGUGUUCAACACCACCUGGGCCUGAGAUUGUGAUGAUCUUUGAUCAGCUUUCAGAUGCUUUGUGCAGAGUAGCAGACUUGGCUGAUUUUGUGAAAAUUGCCCAUCCUGACUUUGCGUUCAGAGAGGCUGCUGAAGAAGCUUGCCGGAAUAUCGGUACCAUGGUCGAAAAGUUAAAUACAGAUGUUGAACUGUGCCAGAGUUUGAGACAGUUGCUAGCUGAUGAAGUUGUUAUGAAUUCCCUAGAUCCAGAAACCAGGCGAGUGGCAGAACUUUUUAUGUUUGAUUUUGAGAUCAGUGGCAUUCAUUUGGAUGAAGAAAAGCGUAAAAAGGCAGUCAACCUCAAUGUCAGAAUUUUGGAUUUAUGUAAUGAAUUUCUCACAGGGACUCACCUUCCCAACAAGAUUGACAAACAUGUUUUGCCUGAGCAUAUUUGGUAUAAUUUUACAGCUGAAGGCAAUUACUUACAAGUUGCUGGUCUGCACGCUGACUGUCCUGAUGAUCUGGUGCGAGAAGCUGCUUACAAGAUUUUUCUUUACCCAAAUGCUGAGCAACUGAGCUGUCUAGAAGAAUUGCUCGCUAGCCGAAACAGUCUGGCACAGUUGGUUGGGUAUGAAACCUUUGCCCACAGGGCUCUUCAGGGAACGAUGGCCAAAAAUCCAGAGACAGUGAUGCAGUUUCUGGAGAAGCUUUCUGACCAGUUGUCUGAAAGAACUCAAAAAGAUUUUGAAAUGAUGACAAAGAUGAAAAUGAAGCUUAACCCUCAGAAUUCAAAAUUGAUGCCGUGGGAUCAUCCUUACUACAGUGGUGUCCUUCGUGCUGAGAGGUACAACGUUGAUCCUGGCUUGUACAGUCCAUUCUUCUCUCUCGGGGCCUGCAUGGAAGGUUUGAACUCUUUGUUCAGUCAGCUCCUAGGAAUCUCCCUUUAUGCUGAACAAACACAGAGAGGAGAGGUUUGGUCUGAAGACGUUCGAAAGCUGGCUGUUGUUCAUGAAAAUGAAGGUUUGCUAGGAUACAUCUACUGUGACUUCUUUCAACGACCUGAUAAACCACAUCAGGAUUGUCACUUCACAGUUCGGGGAGGCAGGCUUAGGGAAAAUGGAGAGUACCAGCUGCCUGUAGUUGUUCUUAUGCUUAGCCUACCGCAUUCAACAAGGAAUGCGCCAACACUGCUAAGUCCUGGUAUGAUGGAAAAUCUCUUCCAUGAAAUGGGGCAUGCAAUGCAUUCUAUGCUGGGACGAACUCGGUACCAACAUGUCACUGGAACCAGGUGUCCUACAGAUUUUGCUGAAGUUCCCUCCAUUCUGAUGGAGUACUUUGCGAAUGACUAUCGAGUGGUUAACCAGUUUGCAAGGCAUUAUAAAACUGGACAGCCUCUACCGAAAAACAUGGUGUCGAGACUGUGCGAGUCCAAAAAGGUGUGUGCUGCAGCUGAUAUGCAACUCCAGGUCUUUUAUGCUGCCUUGGACCAAAUCUACCAUGGGAAACAUCCUCUACGGAAGUCAACAACAGAAAUUUUAAAAGAAACACAGGAGAAAGUUUAUGGAUUGCCACAUGUACCUAAUACAAGAAAAUCACUGGAUGAGAUGUAACAUAACAUUCGGAGUGCUUGCUUGUGGAAACUAUCAGGCACUACUGGAAGGCGUGGCUUGCCUGUGGCUGCUGAGAGUGUAAAGGUUUCAUUAAUAAGGUGCAUAUAAAGACAUCUGGUAAGUUAGUCAGCUGAAGAGGAUUUGAUGUUUAUUAGAGAGUCAGAACUAGCUUCCCAGCAGAGAGGAGAUAGGUUUAGGUAUCCUUCUGCAGCACACAUUGUUGCCUGAUUCCCAACUCCCCUUUUUAUAAUGUUCAAGAACACUUGAAAGCAAAAGAAGAGGUAUAUACCUCUUUUUAUUUCCUAAGAGCAUUUUCUUAAGAGUUUGAAGGUAACUUGACCUCAUGCUCAAUUGUAUUAAGUACACCAACAUUCAAAGGUGGAGACCAUGGAAACAGUGUGGUUUUUGGAUUUCAGUAUUGCAGUCUUGUACUGGUCAUGAUAGAAUCAUAGAAUCCUUGGAGUUGGAAGGGACCUUUAAAGAUCAUAAAGAAAGUCUCCAGGGACAGGGCAUCAACCACUGUAAAAGACUUUUUUUCCUUAUAUCUAACCUAAGUCUCCUCUCUUUAACCUUGAAGCCAUUUCACCCCGUUCUGUCACCACAGAUCCUGAUAAAGAGUCUGUCCCCUUCUUUCCUGUAGCUCCCCUUUAGCUAU